CUACCUAAAGCUUCUGGAGACCGCCGCUACAUUUAUUCGUCUCUCACACCGAACCACCCCACCUCGCCAUGGCUGAUCGACAGCGUUCAAGGUCGCGCUCGCCUCGGCGUGAUCGCGAGAGAGACCGCGACAGACCGAGAAAACAAGGCGGUUUCAAAUGGAAGGACAAUAGCCGCCGCGACGGCCGCGACGACCGCGACGACAGAAGAGGCCUCGAGCGAGGCUACCGCAAUCGUUCCAACUCUCCUCGCCGCCACCGCGACGGCGACCGUGAUCGGGACCGCAACCGCAACAACGACAGCUACCGCCCCCGUGACUCGGGCCCCAGAGAUAACAGGCCCAGUGCCUCGAGCUCGAAGGAUGCGCCGAAGCCCGCUAAGAAGGACAAGCCCGCCCCUGCCCCGACUGCUGGCGGUGAGGAGAUGAUCAUUGUGCACGUCAACGACCGUCUGGGUACAAAGGCUGCGAUCCCCUGCCUGGCGUCGGACCCUGUCAAGAUGUUCAAGAUUCUGGUGGCUGCAAGAGUCGGCCGGGAGCCUCACGAGAUUCUGUUGAAGCGUCAGGGCGAGCGGCCAUUCAAGGACAACCUCACGCUGGAGGACUAUGGUGUCAGCAACGGUGUGCAGCUGGACCUUGAGGUUGACACUGGCGACUAAGAGGCCGGGAGAGGGGGCAUGGUUUUGGUUUCAUUUUUACCAAGGCGAGGUCCUAUUACUGUUUUCGCCAUCGAAGCUUGUGAGCGGCCUACUUCGGGAUUGCCACGAACUUACAACAUCUCUUACAACUGAAUCAGUUUGGCGUUCGGAUGGUCACGAAAGCAUGGGCUGGAAGUCCUUUUUUCUGAAGAGGAUGCAGAAAAAAUACAUAAACAAGACAGCACAUUAUUCGACAGGCCAUCAAAGUCUCUUCUCAAACAUGGGAAGUACCAGUUGGCCGCUAGGUACCUAUCUUGAGAAAAGACUAUACUAGGUAUGCGCUGCGAGAAGCCUGAACCGGCUCAAGUAUGUCAUGACGGUCACGUGUUUAUCAUGUGAUCCCGCGAGUGCACGCGAAGCCCCCGCUUGGGCUCGCCGCGGUCUGCGACGCGCCCUUGUCUUGACAUUGACAGCGGCCA